UUAAAUUUUUAUUGCAGACUAAAACCGGAAUCGAUAGAUAUAUUAAUAGCGGAUUUCGACAGUGUUUUAUAUCAUAUUUCCAAUGUGAAUGGUGAUAAAACGAAAGUGCGGAUAAGCAUUUCGCUUAAGUUCUACAAACAGCUGCAGGAACAUGGAGCCGACGAGUUGCUGAAGCGGGAAUAUGGAAGUCUGUUAACUGAGACAGAAAAAGGUUACAAUGUUUCUGUACUUAUUAAUCUUGAGGAUAUACCCUCCGACUGGGAGCAGAUUGCAAAGAGAAUUGGACUGCUAAAACGCAAUUGUUUCGCCUCUGUAUUCGAGAAAUAUUUUGACUUCCAGGAACAGGGCGAAGAGACCCAAAAGCGAGCAGUCAUUAACUACCGCAACGAUGAGACGCUUUAUGUGGAGGCAAAGCCUGAUCGUGUCACCGUAGUGUUCAGCACCAUUUUCAGGGACGAGGACGAUGUGAUCAUUGGCAAAGUAUUUAUGCAGGAAUUGAGGGAAGGACGACGUGCAUCGCAUACAGCGCCACAAGUGCUCUUCUCGCAUCGCGAACCACCUCUGGAGCUGGCUAAUAGCGAUGCCCGGGUGGGCGAUAACAUUGGAUAUGUUACAUUCGGUACGUAGCUCCUCCACUGGCUG